AAACUUUGCACCAAAGAUGAAGAACGUCUUUCCAAAAUUCGCUCUCAAACAAUACAGCACCUACAUCGCAAUCAUUGUGAUAUUUAUUCACAAUGUUGUGCUUGACAGGGAUUUGGAGUGCUCAUGCCGACAACAAGCUCUAAACUGCAGUGUAUACAUGGCUCUACCGUGUUUGAUUAUAUUUGUUUUACAACUCUGGAUGGACAAGACUAUUCAGAGAACCUGUGGAUAUAGGUGCACAUUUUUCUGUGUUUUCUUGUGUAACAUUUUUAAGGCAGCUUUCAUUGGUCUGCUGUGGGUUGUAUCUGUGUUAAUCGAUGGAGACUGGUUUGUUUGCUGUUGGAAUGAUCAUUCUGACAAACAGGCACAGUUAGCCUGCAAAAACAAAAACAAGAUAAACCUGACACUCGAUGAACACUCAAUCAUCGCUGAACUGAAAAACAAGUCCAUGUUCAUCGGCCUCUGUCUGCUCUUCUGUGCCCUUUGUGUUGCUGCCUUAAUGUCACCAUUUGGAUGGAUGAAAUGCUUUUGGAAAGAUUGUUGUAAGAGAGACUGUUGUUAUGAAUGUUGGAAUGAUUGUUCCGACAAAGGAAUUCUAUAUUACAAAGUGAUUUUGGACGAGGAGGAAACUGUACUGACAGAGAUUUUGACAAAGGCAGCAAAAGACAAGUUGACUGAAGCAAUCAAGAACAAAAUAAAAGGAAACGACUGGAGAGAGUGUUUUAAUGUGGCUAAAGAACUGAUUGGAAAUAAACCUGAAAUAAAAGACAAGACAACCAGUGCAACACAAACUGGAACAGAAGUAGAACCAACAGGACAAGCAAGAGGACCACAAAUGCAG